ACACCUGAAAUUUAUAUAAUGUUAUGAGCCAAUGUUACCUCAAUAAAAUCUAGGUGGAAAGAAAAUGAUCAAUAUUAUCCUCUUUGCAUAAUUGUUGAGGUAGAACUAAGUUGAGCCAUGUACUAGCUGCAUAAAUAGCAAGGCCUCAGCAGCUAGAAAUGGCCCAACCAGAAUGUUGGCUGGCAAGACAAUGGGGGCAACCAAUAAAACAGGUCCAGGGUCAUGUCCAAGCUAGAGAGUUUCAGAGAGCUCCUCCAUCUGUGAUACAAAUCACAUCAUCAACAAAGCUUGCAAACAGUAUGGAUCACCUGUGGCUAAACUUAAGGCUGUGCUGAAAGUCUAGCAAGAAAAGAAUUUAAUUCGCAUGUCCCAGGUGCUUUGGUUUUCACACCCAUGCCUCAAGCUGAAAUUUUAAUAUGAAAGUGUGACUAUUUGAAAGUAAUACUAAAGUGUUGCCACUGGGGGCGUGUUCACAAGAAACAGGCACAGCCUGAGAACCAUGAUCUGCAAAGCUGUGGGAACUGUUCUUCCUCAAGUCGACACUUGGGGCAUUUUUGGACACACUCAACAAGUACAGCUGCGUUCAGCAGGUGGCCCAUGAUUUAGCGUAUUCCCACUGUGUGCCCAACUGUAGAUUCAGCAGAUGGAUGUCAUUGUAAAUGUGACUCUUUCUGAUGGGUUGCUCUAACCUUUGGUUCAUUUAAUCUGGUUCUUGGUCAUCACUAAGGGCUCAGGCUGCUGUUACAAGACAGAGGCACCUUAGUAAGUACUAGAAGAGCCCACAAAUCUCUCUUCUCAAAUGAGCUUUAGCACAGCGGGCUCAGUGUUCCCUUUGCAGAUUCACACCAAGCCCCUGGAAGUUCCUGAGACACAGGGCAAUUAAAAUGGAUCUCUUUUUCAGACCUCUGUGUCUUGUACUCUCUAAGCUCUAUGCAAACAUAAUUUUGUAGGUCUAAAAGUAAGUGAAUUGUAUUGCACUGGAAAAAUUAUUACAUGUCUUAAUCAAAAAGGAUUUAAAGGUGCCAGUUGCAGGUACUCUGCCAGUAAUCACGCAGUCCUCCAAGGAUUAGGCCUUAAGUGUCUUCUGCCCGAUUUAUGCACCUUCCAUCAGAAAAUGGAUCUUAACUCAUACCCUGUUUUGGAGAAACAUUAAUUAAACAUUUACCUAGAAAAAAAUUGUGUUUGUCUCCUUAGAACUUUUUUUCUUGAGAAGGGAUGUUUUGGAUGGCUCAUAUUUGUUUAAAAAGACUAUCCAUGGAAGUUUCCUAAAAUAAAAGUUAUUGUGGCAAAUACUUUCACAAUCAUUCAUAGAGUAGAGCUGGAAAUGUAGACACGAGGGAACCUCAGUUCAGAGGGGUGAGGUUCAGUGGACAGAACAUGGCGCUUGGGUUUAGGACCUUGAAUAAGCCAAUGUUCAGACUCAGUUUCUUAAUCUGAAAAAUAGGGCAAAGGAAAUCUGCUUAUAGCACAGUGUUGUCCUGAGGGAAGACUAAUUAAAAUACUAAAUGGGGAGAAGCUUUGUAAAUGGCAAAGUGCUAUUCAAAUGUGAGGAAUUACUAGUAUUAUCAUCACCGUCCAAGGUCCUACAGCUUACAGCUAGCUACUCAGUUUGUCUAAAUACAUAAAUAAGAAAUAAUGCACUUAUAUAUUUCCCCACUAGAUGGCAGGCGAGCCACUUGAUAAAAUGCUGACCGGCUUAGCAAUCUAAAAACCACAGUAAAACUUUGGUUUGUGAGGCGGUGCAGCAAUGGACAAAAGGUGAAUUAGAAAGCUCGAAAGCAGAGACAGCCCGUAUUGUUAAAACAAAUCUCAUUCAAAUGCCAUUGGUUUGCAAUUUACCAAAAUUCUGUGUCUAUGAAAACAUAGUCUUUUGACUAUGAGAAAAAGGACAGCUAAGCAGCAAAUACUUUCCGCAAAUAAUGAAAAUAUUUGGCCCACUCAGAGUUAUAGUUAACAGACUUAAUGAUUAUUUAUAACCCCACUUUAUAGGUAAUAGUUUCAUUUAUAUCAGGGGUCAACAAACUGCUUCUGUAAAGAGCCAGAGAGUAAAUAUUUCCGGCUUUGCAGGUUGAUCCAUCUCUUAUGCAAUGCCUCAUCUUUGCCGUUGUAGGCUGAAAAGAAUAAGAAAGGCCUGAGAGAAUACGAAAAUGAGUGGGCAUGGCUGGGUUACAAUAAAAUUUUAUUUAUGGAUACUGAAAUUUGAAAUUUAUAUAACUUUCACUUGCCACAAAAUAUUAUUCUUCUUUUGAUUCUUUGCAACCAUUUAAAAAUGUAAAAACCAUUCUUAGCUCAGAAACCAUACAAACAAUGGCCACAGACCUGAUUUACCCCCAGGGAGGAGCUUUCAGAUCCUUGGAUUAAUACCCUUAAUAGCCAGAUUGACAAUCUCCUCAAUUAAUAUAAAUACAUUUUUAAUGCUUUCAUAAUAUUUCAAUGUGGCUAUCAUUUUUUGAGUGUGUGAAUUACUAAGAAUCCUUGUGACGUUUUUUGCCUACUUCUCAAUAUUGACUAUGUCUUGUUUGUUAGACUAUAAACAAAAGAGUUCAAGCAGUGGUUGCAUUGUUGUUAGAGUUGCCAGAAAAAACAGGACACCCGGUUAAAACUGAAUUUCAGUUAAAUGAAUAUGUUAAAAGUAUAAGUGUGUCCCAUAUAUUGCAUAGAACAUACUUCUACUAAAAAAUUAUUUGUUGUUUAUCUGAGAUUCAAUUUUAACCCUGUGACCUGUGUUUUUAUUUGCUAAAUUUGGCAUUGGUUCUUGUACUUAGGAACUUUGCCCAUUACUCAUUUACCAAGGCCGUAAAAAUAACCAAAGAUCUGAAGACAGGACUCCUGAAGCCAGCUAUGUCUUUAGAGACUUGGCGGAAAUAUGUCUCCACUCCGCUGGUUGCUUUCAGUGCACUUUAACACAUUCAAAUAACCGUGUGGCAAUAAACAGCCACGUUUCGCAUCCACUUUUCGGGAUUUUGUUUAGCAUUCUGAGCACUUGGACAAGCCGUUUUAAUUGCUUUGUAACGAACCCAAAGUAACCUGUGGACAGGCAUUUGCAAAGAAGUUCGGCGAAAUUUGAGGUCUUACAAAGGGGUUGGGUGAGAACAACAAAUCCACUCCCCUAAGGCUGGUGUUCUCAGGGGCUGGGCUUACCUCAGGCCAGUUCCCACCAGAAAGCCCACCCUUCUCCGAGCACUUUUUCAUGCCUUGUAAUGGAGACUUCAAGUGUGCACAGGCAGCGAUUGGUGGAGUGUGCUUUGGCGGGAUUUCUUUGUGUGUGUACUUGUUAGGAUGCACUACUGGUACUAAAUGUUAAUGCAUAUUUAAUUUUCUUGGUGAGUUUUCACGAAAGACAUCGAAUGCUAAAUCCCACCCAAAUCUAAGGUUCCUUCCAGCUUUAAGAUUUUCCGCCUGCCCAAGCCAUCAGGCCGAUCAGCGACUGUUACCGCUAUGGAAUAACAAACAGACGCUUGCGAAGUCUCUUAACUCUUUGGCCCUGAGAUAGUUAAUGGAGAGUGCCUCUCGGCUGCCGCUGCUGGGAUGGAGUGGGGCGGGGGCGCAGUGGGGAGGUUGUUGAGCGGUGUAACUGACUAAGUGUCCUGACACACAGUGACCAGGUGGGAAGUGACAGCACACAGUCCUCCCAUCCCUGCGGGGGACGGUCCAGCCCGCCCUGCGCGGAGGGAGUGGACCUCCGCUAGCAACGGGUGUGGCGGGCGGACGCUGGAGAGGCCCUUGUGGGGGCAGGUCUUUUCCAAGAGCAGCCGGUUGAUAAAGGCUGCCCUGAGAGGCACCGCUUCAGAGUGGGCGCGCUGCAAAGACGAGAUGCAUUGUCCCCAGAGAGGAGCAGAUCCUGCCUUGGCGGUCAGAAGAGAUUGCGGGUCGGGAGCAGUCAGAACCAGAUGGUGAUAAUUAUGCUUCUCGCCUCAUCCUGGUAGCCUGACCUUGACUCCUGACUUCCAUGAUCCCUUCACAACUGCAAGUCAUUCUCAUACAAAAUUUGAGUUUACCUAGUCUGCACCUUUGAGAGUUUUGGAACAAUAUGCAAGUUCAAGUCACCAUCGUGUUGUCUUGCUGACUAUCUCAUGUGACAAGACCGACAUUUGGGUUGCUUGCUUCUACUCUUAUUCUUCUGCCUGUUGUUCCCUCUGCAGCCAUCGAUCACACACAUAUAUAAUCAUACAAACAGUGUUUUGCCCUUUUUAUUUGUCAUGUGGAUGUUGUCAUUUGCUUCUUAUAUAUUACAAAUUAGUGUUGUGUACCGCUCGCUCAGUGAUAUAAAAAUGUCAAUAAUUGCAAAUUUGUGUAAGUUUGGGUAAGAAUGGCAUCCAAGCAAAAAAGCAAGAAGGUGGAAUGAUAGAAUUGCAAGAAGAGUGAAGAGGACAAGAAAGGUGUUGUCUAUAGCAAACAAAAUGAGAGUUCUUGAAAUGCUUGAUAAUGGUGAAACCAAGACCUCUGUAGGGUGUUUUUUUGGUUUUAAUGAAUCUACAAUUCAUACAGUAGAGAAAAAUGAGAGAGCUAUUAGGGCCAGUGCAUCAAGGGGCACACCAGAAUCACUGAGAAAAUCAUACAUAACUUGAAAUGCCAAAUAGAGAAAAUGGAAAAACAUUUGCAUGUGUGGCUUCUAAAACAGAGAAGGCUGAAUAGCCUCUCUCUGUAUGUAUAAUCCACCAGCGAGCAUCACAAAAAUGCAAGUUUAAAUUUCAAUCUGGAUGAAAAGUUAUAAUGUUCAUUGCAAGUAAUAGGUGGUUGGAUAGGUUUCAAAAGUGCUGUGGUCUGUAUGAAAAGGAGUGGCUGGCAGAGGAAGCAGAUUGUGAAGCUGCUGCAGAGUAUCCUGAAUACCUGAAGAAACUGAUGGAGGGAAAUGGCCACCUGCCUGAAGAGGUCUUUAAGGCUGAUGAAACAGUCCUGUUCUGGAAGCACAUGCCUACUUGCACAUCUAUUGCAAAGGAUGAGAAAAAGACCAGAGGCUUCAAGCCUGGAAAAGACAAGCUCAAAAUUCUACUUUGUUCCAAUGUUUCUGGUGACUUUCUGAUUAAAUCUAUGUUGCUUCACAGAUUCCAAAAUUCUUGCCCUCUGAAAAGAGAAUGCCAGAAACACUUUUCUGUUUAUAUGAAGGGAAACCAUAAAAUAUGGAUCACUGAGAAACACUUUUUGGACUGGUUUUUAAAGUGUUUUAUUUCUGAGGUUAAACAAUAUUUAAACCAAAAAAAUCUUCAAUUCAAAGUGUUGCAGAUUCUGAAUACUACUCUCACUGACAAAAGUGUGAUAGUAAACGCCAAUCCUUGUGUUAAGGUCAUCUCCAUUCCCCCCAGUACAAAUCCUCUCCUUCAACUCAUGCAUCUGAGAGUGCCAAAAAUGUUCAUGAUGUACUAUACUCGGAGUAUUUUUGACUACCUUGCAGAUUUUAUGAAGGAGACACCAGAAAUUAUGGUGAAAGUAGCUUGGCAAAAUUUCUCCAUUUGUAACACUUUAACGAUAGUAGAAGAAUCAGUGAGAGAAAUAAAACAAUCAACCCUUAAUGGAGGCUGGCAGAAACUUUGGAAUGAGGUUGUAACUAAUUCUAGAAGUUUCCUUCCAGUAGUAGAAGAAAUUGAAAAUGUUGUAGCAUUCGCAAAAUGUUUGAGUGGUGGAGGAUUUGAAGACAUUAAAUUAAAUGACAUUGCUGAACUGUUAGAUUCUCACCCUCAGCAGAUAGUUGAGAAAUACUUCAGAGAUGUGAUCACAGCAAAAGUUGAUAAAAGAGGUCAGCAGAGGUUAACAUCCAGAACUCGAAGAAUGUUGAAGCACUCACUCUGCAAAUCAAAUUGCCGUGAUGAUUCAGAGGAAAGAGAUCCUUUGGUGGAAUAUUUAUUGACCUUCAGGCAAGGCUUAAAUGAUUACCUCCAACUCUAUAAAGCAGUAAGAAGAAUCCUUCAAACAAGGCCAAUAAGUCUUUUCUCUCUGCUUGCUUCAACAGGGGAAAAGAGGCUGGACCAUCGGGCCGUGUGUCGUUCAAACCCAUUUCGCACAAGCAGGCAGAAAGGCUGCAUACAGAUAGUUGAACCUUGGGAUUCAGAGUUCGACAGCUCUGAUGAUGUGGUGAUCCAUAUGCUGGAGGAUGAAAGUGGAGCAGAAGACUGACCUUACUUGUCUCCAGACAAAAUCCAACUUUCUCAAUUCUUUCUCUAUCACUGUAGUGAUGACCGACAUUUUCAUUGAUGCAUGAUUGUCCUCACCUUGAGAUCAGAGAGAAAGAGAAAUCAAUUGCCCAGUAAUCACUAUUGCUAAUGUAAUGCUAGUAAAAUGCCAUCAAGAUUCACAUUGCUUAGUGUUUUAUUUCAGUGAACAAACCAGUUGUCUGGGCUUUCACAAUAGUCCCUUCCCUGCUCCAGUUUUCCCCCAAAGCUAACAAAUUCCUCCAACACAAAUUCCCCUACAAUGAGGGUUUCAGGAACUCAACUCUAGUGCCUAGGGAGGGGCAGCUCUACUUGGUUGGACAGUUUGAUUUUGUAUUCUUGAUCCUGAACUUUACUUUAAAUCUUGUUAAGCCUAAUUUGCUAUCUCAACAGAAAGGAUCUAACCCCUCUCCUUUUAACUAGUUUGGUAUCAGUUAAUUUGUUUUGCAGCAAUUGUAUAAUGCAGCUAUUGGUUGAUUCUGAAAGGCAGUACAUUUACAAUGGAUUCCUGGAUUUACUUUGGUACCUAAUCAAGGAGAAGCUGCUAGAGUUCAUUUCCAUAGAUCUUUGUUCUCAUCUCUCUUCUUCCCAGUGAUGAACAGUUGACUAUCCUCCAGAAAAGGGAUACUGAUACUUCCUCUUCCAUAAAGGUGGUGGAAAUCCAGUAAUUUUGCCCCAAGCCUGGAGGUCUGAAUGAUAGGCAACCUAUAUCUGAGUUUGAAGUGAUCAGAGAAAAGGAAAAAAUAAUACAAACGUUAAAAGGCCUUGCUUGCAUAGUUACACUUGAGAUGAUAGACAUUCCUUGGCAAAUUUAAAAGAGGCAGAUGAAAGCGGAAAAUCCACUAUAGGGUGCUGUGGAUCUAGUGCCUCGCCAUGGUGCCAGAGGAGAUCACGUUCUUGAUCUAAGCCACAGUGAUUUUCAACACCGACUGCACAUCAAAAUCGUGCUGGAGAGUCUUGAAAUGGAGAUUUCUGGGACCUGCCCCUAGACAUGUUGAACCAGGGAUGGGCCAGCAUCUGUAUAUUGUGAAAGCUUGCCAAGUCAUUUUCAUACAACCUUGGUUGUAAACCACUGUUCCAAGUCUAUAACAGAAUUAUAAUAGAAAAUAUAAUACAAACGGCAGUGGGCCCAGGAACUAGGAAACCUUGAUUCCAAGUUUCUGUUCUGCCACUAGUUCAAUGGAUGGUCUUAUUCAAAUCACCCUACUCUUUCCUUAUCUGUCAAAUGAGAGGAUAGGACCACUUGGUCUCUAAGCUGCUUUUAUCUCUGAUAUUGUUAUCUUGAGAGAAAGGGGCAUCAAUCUCAUUGGUUGAUUUGGAGAGUACCUCCAAGGUGAGUAGUAGUAUUACUCUAUUGUGUUCUUGUUAUUUUAAAAAUUAUGUUUGUGGUUCAGGCUUUUACCACGUUUUAGUCCCUCCCAGAAAAGAGAGUUAGGCAUAGAUGCCAUAGAAAAAAAGGGAAACAAACAGCACCAGCUUCCUGAAAAGAAAAAUCAAGCAUACCUUCUGUGAGUUUCUUUUGAUGUGAUAACUGCUGUUUUUCUUCUGAGUUAGAGGGUUUGGGGAAAAUAAUAACGCAUCAAUGUUGUAAAACAUUUUAACAUUUUGUAUCUGUUGUUUCCAUAAACCAAACCAGAGGACUCUGUAUGGUUACUCUUACAAGGUUCCAUGGAUAAUUGGCAUAUAUUUAAUCAUGUCUAGAGGUAAAUAUUUUUAAGUCAAUGAUUGUUUGACGAGUAUAAUCAGUGGUUCCAUAUGCCUUUAAAGAAAGUGCCUUCCUGAUAAUUUAACCAUUCAUUAAGGUUAAUGCCUUGGCAAUUUUCUCUCUUAAUUUGAGCAGGAUUAGAGAAAUCAAAGUUUAAAUUGAAUAGCAUCAACCAGGAACUAUUACUAUUAAAUAGUACAAUGGGAAACUGUCUAGUGUAUGAUUUUAGUUUUCAUAGGAAUGCCUAAGCCAUUUGAAAUAAAAUAUUGGUAUAAAUCUAAUUCUUGUUUAAGGCAAUAUCCAGUUAAAAUAAUCUAAGAAGUAUCAUUGAUGAAGGUAAAAGAUAGAACAUUUUAAUAUGGUUGAGUUUAACAAGUCAGCAGAACUUAUAGGAGGACGUGAAAGUUGGUAUAGGCUAAGUGGUAGAAAUAGAAGUUAAUGACAACACUGCCAUGUAAAUGGGUGUUUCUUUUUUCUUUUUUAAGUUAAGAAUAGUCCCCAAAAUUGAAAAUCUUGAAAUUUACUAUAUUUUAUGCAGUUUGAGGGGAAAGAAUCUUUCUGUUGUCAAAUGGUUCAGGUAAAUUCUUGUGUUCGUUAUUAUGAAGUGCAUGGAAAUUUCCUUCUUUACAGAUGUAUUUAAUCACUGGCAAAAAGAAAAAGAGGGUGAGGAGAAAGGGCAGCCCAGGUUGCUGAAAUUUGUAGAAAAUAUUAGAAAACUGGCAUUACAUUUAAAAAGAGCCUUUUAUUUGUUUAAAACCUUUUAAGUUCAAAAUGCAGAGAAGGCUCUUUUAAACUACACAUUUGGAUUACAUAGCUGCCACCACCUGAAUGCUAAUAAAGGGCUUCUACAGCAUGUAUAGUCUAAAAGAGUGUGUGAACCAUGUUUGUGCUGUGAAAUACAUUGAUCUUUGAACUUUACAUAGUAUUAUCUUUUAAUGGUGGUGUGUUAUGGUUGUUUAUCUAAGAAUUCGGAAAUAAAUAUGAUGUGCUAUGAACAGAGUGUAUAUGUUCCUGGGAACCAUGAAAUCAAAUAGAAAAUAAAUGAAAGGCUAAAUAGUACUUUCAUUAACAUGGAUAACAAAUAUUGAGAAAUUAAAUAUGAAUCUAGUAUGCUUGAGAUACUGCACUUCAUCUCUCUUGCAUUACUACACAAAGCCGAAGCUAUAGCUAACCCAUCAUUGCAAAAACCUAGAGUUGGCUCUUGAUUAAUUGGCAGUAGUAUGAUGAGUACCAUAAUGAGAAGAUGAGACUUAGAAUGAAGGCUUCGUCACUGGUUUCUCAUCUGCCCUGGGCUUGGGACUGCCUCUCCUUGGGUGUGUGGUGCUUAGUCCUGGCAGGAUAACCCUUGGGCUAUUGGGGUGUGCGAAGUCAGCACGAGGACCGGUUUUCAAUCCAGUCCCUGCCAAUUGCCAGCUAUAUGACUGUGGGCAUGUUUUUAGCCAUUUUGGACUUGGGUUUCUGAUCUGUAAAACGGGGUCAAAAAUACCUGCACUAUAGGAUUGCUAUGAGAUUAUAUGAAAUGCUUAGUACAGUGCCUGGCACAUAGUAAGCGCUCAAUAAAUUGUUGCUAUUAUUAUUAUUAUAACAUGAAUAAGCAUUAUAGAACUAGAAUAUGAUAGUUUACUCCUGUCUUUGCAAAAUUUUAAUAUUUUGAUAUUUUACCUAAUUUCCCUCGAAAUAAGGUAUGCAUGAUGGUUUUAAGAAGAGAGAAGGAAUAAAAUUGCUUUUUAAUAUUUUUCUUUGCUUGUGAGAGAUACCUAAAACAAUAAUUCCUAUGUCCCUAUGUUACUCCUUGACCUGCAGUGAUUCUAUAUGCUAUAUUUAUAGUCUGGUUAUCUUUGCAUAUUUAUUUAUAUAAUGAUUAGAUGUAAUGAUUUUUUUCACAUGGAUGUAUUCCUAUUCUCUAGAAAAUAAUCCAUCCACGUGGUUCCACUUUUAAGAUAAUUAAGUCACUCUGUGUUAAUAGGAGCUAAAGAUAAAGCUAUAUAGGACCUACUUUGCUUAACCCACCAAGUUAUCAGCUCAGCUGCCUUUGAGAGUAUUGGAUGUCUAAGUAAUCUUACUAAGUGAGGACAGUUCCUCAUAGCUAGCUUCUGAUCUUCUUUGUAUUUGAUGUAUUCUGUGAUGGCAUUCAAGAAGUUUAAAGCAGUGGUAUUCAGAAUGCUGAGUAUUCAUCAUAAGUCUAAUGCUGUGUCUGCUGAGCAACAAACUGCCACUUCCUUAAUUCAAGCCCCUACUACCACUUAACCUGAAUGAUUGUAGUGGCCUCAUAACUCACAUCCCAACCCCUUAAGUGUUUUCACCUGGAGUCUUUGGUGUUCUAGUAUAUAUAUCUAGUAGUCUUUGGUAUUUAGGACCUUGCUGCUUGACUAACAUUCCUUGUGCACAAUUCUGAUUCUGGUAGUUCCUUAUUCAAAACUCUUUAGUGACUGCCCAUUGUCUAUAUUUUCCACUACUUAACCUUUAAAUCAUGGCCCAGGCCCAGUGUAGCUCAAUCAGCUUUGUCUGCAUGUUCUCCUUCAUGCAGUGUAUGUGAUAGUCCUUGUCUUCCUCAGCCCUAUGUGACUAAGUACUAAGGACCUUCAGCUUACAGCUCGACCUUGAUCUCUUAAGCUUGUCACUUAAGCUCUGGUGGGUAAGAUCAGAAAUUAGACUUAUUACCUGAAGCCAGAGUCCCUGAGAUGAGCCCACCAAACGAUAGUUUCCUUCCUGUUCUGCUCCAUCAUUGCAGACACCUAGAAUUAGCUCUUGAUUAGUUAGCACUGGUAUGAUGACUGCCAUAAUGAUAAGAACAUGGGACUUAGAGUGAGGGUUUUGCCAUUGACUUCUUGUCUGUCCUGGGCUGGGGAUUCUCUCUCUCUUUGGUUGAGUGGUGCUUAGUCCUGGCAGGAAAACCUCAGUCUGUAAGGGUGAGUUUCUUCUUUAAUUUUAUUCUUAAGCUUCCAGCCUACUAAAUUAGGGCAUUCUCACUGAACUCUAGCCCCCUUGGCUGGGGCCCUGAAUACUGUCCCCUUAAUUUUUGCUCUGAAUACAGAUCUUCUUCUUUGGGCCCCUGAAACAAUUAAGUAGAGAUAUAAACUCCAUUCUUAGGUUCUUAUCAUCCUCAACUCCUGUAUCAUCACAUACAUAAUAUCUUUAUUUGCCACUGGGCUUCAAAUUGUUCUAUCCAUUCUCUUGCAUAUGAAUGCUAGCCUGGAAUGUACUUAAGUUUACCAUACCCCAGAUUUGGCAUGUAGAGCUGGGCCUGGCAAUAUAAGGCCCUUGGGCUAAAUCUAGCCCAACUAUUUUUUUAAAAAAUAAAGUUUUAUUGCAACACGGCCAUGCCCACUCAUUUACGUAUUGUCUGUGGCAGUAUUGUCAAUGGCAGAGUUGAGUAGUUGUCACAGAAACUGUAUGGCCGGCAAAAUCUUAAAUAUUUACUGUCUGAUUCUUUACAGAAAACCUUUGCUGACCUCUGAUCUAAAGCCAAGUAGUUCCCCUAGCUUUUUAUAUUGCUUAUUCUUUGAUAAUUCCUCAUUCCCAUCCUGUCAACCAAUACAGACCCCAAAGGCCAGUUCAUUAAGACUACGAAGAUAAGUUCCAACCCAUUCAAACUUCUUGCUUUUACUUGAAUUUCCCUGCUUCCUCUUUGUUAUCUUCCUAAGAUGUCCUUUCCCUGUGUUUUGCUUCUUAGCGAAAGAGACGCUGUAGAGUAGCCUUAUGAUAUGUCUUUUAAUGUCAUAUCAUGUCGUAAUAUGAAAGUCUUUCAACAUUGCCAAUAUCUUUCAACACAACCUUCCAAUAGUUCCAAGAUUAGGCUUUUCAGUUCUUUACUGUCUCUAACAUCAGGUAUUCUGAGCUCCAUAGCGUCCAAUACCUCCAGUUGCCAGAUCUUCUAAAUAUUACAACAUCCAUGGCUUCCACUCUCUGGCCUAUAGCAUCUCCAAUGCCAGUGUUUUCUAAUCUCCUCAAUAUUGGGGUCAUUAAAAGUUUAGCUCUUCUAAUAUCUUCAAUAAUCAUUUUUUAAGUUGUAGGUCUUGUCUUUCAGGGUUCAGAGUUCUAACUUCUAAUUAUUCUAUGUUCCCAAUCCUCCAAUGUCUCCUAUAUAUAGGUCUUCUAGAGUCUAUGUGUUUCAUUAUGUCUAAGUCUAGCUCCAAUAUCUUCUAGCACUUACAUCAUUCGGUUCCUACAACUUUUAGUGUCUCCUAAAGCCUGAUUUUACAAUGUCUUCUUAUCACCAGUUCCUCCAAUGUCCAAGUCAAUAUCUUUAAGAACCUGGUCUUUCAACAUUCAGGUGUUCUAACAUCCCCAAUGUCUGAAUGACUAGGUCUCUUAAUGUCCUGAUCUCUUAGUGUCCAGGUCUAAAGUCCGGGGCUGCCAACAGCCUUGACUUUCAGCAUCAUGAAAAUUACAUCUUCCAAAUUCUAUGCAUUUUAACAUGAAUAUGUCAAUAUCCAGGUUUUCUAAUGUCUCCCAAUAUCCAAGGCAUCUGAUUUUAGGAUUUCUAAAUACCUAGAUCUUCUAUUGUCCAUAUCUUCCAAUGUUUAGGGAUUCCAAGUUACAGGACUUGCAAUGUCUUUAGUGUUCAGUGUUUCCAGUAUCUAUGGCUUCCAAUAUCCAUGAAUUCUAACAUUCAGGGCCUCCAAUGUCUCCAAUGUCCAGAAUAACCAAUGUCAUCAAAAUUCAAGGCUUCCAAUGUCUCCAACAUCCUGUGCUUCCAAUGUCUCCAAUGUCCAGGGUUUCGACUGGUGCCAGUGUCAAGGUCUUCCUACAACACCAGGUCUUCCAGAAACUCCAAGUCUUCCAACUAAUUUCAAGCCUUCCAACAACAUCAAGGUCUUCCAGAAGAUCUACGUCUUCCAGACAAUUCACGUCUUCCAGACAAUCCAUGGCUUCCAGUAAAUCCAGUCUUCCAGCAAUUACGGGUCUUCCACAAAAUCCAUAUCUUCCAGGAAAAUCCAUGUCUUCCAGAAAAAUCCAUGUCUUCCAAUGGUUUCAAGGUCUUCCAGACAAUCCACGUCUUCCAACAAUUUCAAGGUCUUCCGGCUAAUCCACGUCUUCCAGAAAAAUCUGUCUUCCGCCAAAUCCAAGUCUUCCAGUCAAUCCAGGUCUUCCAGCUAAUUUAUGUCUUCCAGAAAGAAAUCCAGGUCUUCCACUCAGUCUGUGUCUUCCAGGAACAUCUACGUCUUCCACCAAAUCCAGAUCUUCCACCAAAUCCAGUCUUCCAGCCAAUCCACGUCUUCCAGAGAAAAUCUAUGUCUUCCACUAAGUCCAGGUCUUCCGAUAAUGCCACGUCUUCCAGAAAAUUCGUGUCUUCCACUAAAUCCAAGUCUUCCAGCAAAUAUAUGUCUUCCAGAAAAUCCAUGUCUUCCAGUAACCUCCAGGUCUUCCAGCAAAUCUACGUCUUCCAAACAACCCAGGUCUUCCAGACAAUUUGGGUCUUCCUGAAAAUCCACGUCUUCCAGAAAACCCAUGUCUUCCAGGAAAUCCAUGUCUUCCAACGACCUCCAGGUCUUCCAGCCUAUCCAAGUCUUCCAGAAAAUUCAUGUCUUCCAGAAAAUUCAUGGCUUCCAGAAAAUCCAUGUCUUCCAGGAAAUCUAUGUCUUCCAGCAAACCCUUGUCUUCCAACAAAGCUGUGUCUUCCAUCAAAUUCAUGUCUUCCAGCCUACCCAGGUCUUCCAACAAAAUUACGUCUUCCUGAAAAUCCAUGUCUUCCAACAAAGCCACGUCUUCCAGAAAAUCCACGUCUUCUAGCUAAGCCACGUCUUCCAGAAAAUCCACGUCUUCCUACACCUCCAGGUCUUCCAGCAUCUCCAGGGCUUCCAGCAUCUGCUCGUCUUCCAGCAUCUCCACGUCUUCCAGCGUCUCUGCGUCUUCCAGCAUCUCCAUGUCUUCCGACAGCUACCCAGUCUUCCAAGAGCGGGCUCAAUACCCACGUCUUCCAACGUCUCCAGUGUACCGGUCUUCUAACAUUCAGAUCUUCCAGUGUCUACGAUAUCCAGGAUCCACCUGCUUCUUCAAAUAUCACUGACUUCCUGGAUUCCUGACCACUGCCUUGUGUCCGACUAAUGGUAACUACAACUCCUUAACUCCCAGCAUGCUGACCUAGAGAACUACUUGGUUCUCCAAGUCUCAGCUUCUAUCAGGUGCUUCCAGCAACAUUGCUACCCGUGCCUCUGGCUGGCAUGACAAGCAUUACAGCUACAUAAUGAAAUUAUGGUUAGGCAAGGAAUCUCUGAAGAUUUAGAAUCAUCUACAUGGUAAUAUGAAUUAAUAAUAAUAAUAGAAAUACCUUCCAAAUGUCAAAUUAUUUAGUUUACAAAGUACUGUCACUUCAUUCAUUCAUUCAUUCAACAAAUAUUUAUUGAGUGCCAACUGUGCGCCAGGUAUAUUUUAAUGGAGAUUAAAAUAAUCUGGGGGAAACAGACAAUGUACAAAUAAUUGAACAAUUAUUUAUCAGUUGUUGUAAGGCUAUGAAGGAAAAGUAAGUAUAGGAUGCUAUGAGAAUCUGGAAAGUUAAGGAAAGAAUUCCUGAGGAAGUAACAUUUAUGGUGACUGAAGGAUCUAUUUUCUCAUUUGAUUAGUACAAUAACCUUGUGACUUAGAUAAGACGUAUGUUUUUAUAUCAAUUUUACCUAAUCAGAGGUUAAACAGAAAGUACUAAAGAUAGUCAUGGGAUCCACAUAUUUUGACUUCAUUUUUUUCUUCUACUCUAUGCUGCCUUAAAAUAUAAAUAUAUAGUAAGUACAGUUUUCACAAUAUAUAUCAAGGGUUAUAAAAAUGUUGGUACUCUGACAGUGUUUCACUUCAAUGAAUCUACUCAAGGAAAUUAUCUAAAAUGUGGAUAGUUCAUGCACAAAGAUGUUCUUCACAUAGUUAUUUGGUAUAGUGAAAAACAGAAAAACCUCAAGGAUUUAACUCUAAGGGCAUGAUUAAGUAAAUGUGCUAUUUCCAUGUGAUGGAAUAUUCUGCCAUUAAAAUAUUUAUCGUGUGUUCAUAUUAUAUAAUGUUAAGUGAAAGAUCAGCAUACAAGAUUAUAUAAAGUGUGUUUGCAAUUAUUUUAAAUAUAUUUAAUCAGAGACAAAUGACUAGAAAUAAAUACAUUGGAGAUUGUGAACUACUUACCUUUAGGUGGGUAAGAUCAUAUGUGAUUUUUGUUUACUUCUUUAUGUUCUUUUCCAAAGUUCUUACAGUGUGAGAGUAUUUUAUAUUCAGGAAAAAUAUUUAAACAAUUGUGCAUAAAAAUUCAUUAUUUAUUUAUCUUUUUAUUUUACAUGUAAUCAAGUUUACUGUUGAAAUACUUCAAAAUAUAAGUAUGCAAAGUGAAAAAAUUAAAAUCUCAAAUAAACUCAAUACUCAGA